UCGACGUCCGACUGCCCCUACUUACAUUAUUCCUGGUUGGAAGCGCUACGAAGUCAAUUACGUCUGUCGUAUCCCUGCGUCUCCAGGCUGCUCAGUUGCGCGUCGAAAGCUGCACCUCCGCGCCCCUGAAUGCAAACAGGCAUCUAGGAAGCCUACGAUGGAAAGCACACUUCCUGGACCAUCUCCAGCAGUUCAGUCUCGGCUGCUGGCCCUGCCAAUUGAGACGCUCGAAGCAAUCAUUGAAGAACUUGAAUCCAGAAAGGACCAGCUCAAUCUUGCGUUGACAUGCUCAACCCUCGCCCCCUUGUCUGAGCGGUACAUGUGGCGGAAGCUCAUGGUUCGAACAGGGCAUGAAGCCAUGAAUGUUGCCCGAGCUCUUCAGGUCCGACCCGAGCGGAUGGAUUUCGUUCACGAGUUGGCGAUCUGCUACAACGAGGAGCAGCAAGACGGUAUCGAGGCAUUGGAUCUGGUGCUUUGGCGCUUACAUCAGGUGCGGCACUUGAUGAUCGAAGCGCCCUGUCCGAACAACCAUACCGGUUGGCAGGGAGACGAGCCCUUCCAAGAUGUGACGAGGAUUGACUACCCUAAGCUAUUUCAAGAUGCAAUCUCGCCGAUGAUCUCGUCUCGCCCGCUUGGGAUGCUGCAAUCUCUGACUUUACAUGGACACAGAUCUCAUACGGACCCAUUCGAUCUCAAAGGGGCUGAAAGCAUCCUGUUCCAUCCCACACUCCGCAGUCUAACGAUAUCUUGUGCAAAUUUCAAUGCCGAUCUGAGAGUCUCCGAUAUAGACCCUAGCAAGCUGCAUUCCACGCCUCUGGAAUCCUUGACCCUCAUCGAGUGCAACGUUUUCCCUCCCUUGCUGGACGUGGCUCUCAGUCUUCCCAAGGCUCUGGUGAUGCUUUCACUGAAUCAGCGUAUCUACACCUGGCCCGGUUGCGUUCCCCGCGGCCCAAAAGAGUACCACUUGUCAAUGGGCCGAAUCGUGGCGAAGCAAGCCUCCUCGCUCGAGACCCUGAUCUUCAAUCCCGGAGCAGCUAUCAACUGGGGUAGGCUCUACCCGGAGAUAGCCUCUCUAGGGUAUCUCGCCCCGGUCCCUGGGAUAGAGAGAGAUUUAACCUCCCUCACCCGGCUAAAACACGCUGAAGUCGCCUUCAGGCCUCCAAUUUCAGCACCACUGGUGCCUUGGCCGGACUCCUUGGAAUCCAUACGCUACAACGACACUUGGAUGCACAGAGGGGAUCCAUCCAUGUCAAUCUACCUAAACCAACUAGCUCGUGGACUUCUAGCAAGGCCAAACAUCCGCAAUAUAGAGCUCUGCCUGAAGAUUGUCAACCAACUCAACAAACCGUGCGACCGAGCUAGACAGAUUUGGCUGGGAAACACACAGCUACAUAAGCGAGGGCGCCUUGGUCUCUAUCGCGUGGCAACUACACUGAAACAGAGGGGUGGCCGCCUGCGAAUCUUCUGCGAGUACUUCAGCGAGGGUGUGUUUUUCAUCCCCCCGUUCCUGGAGAGCGAAGAGAAGCCAAAGGAGUCUCUGUUCUACGAUUCUGAGGACCCGUGUCGGUUUGAGGGGACGGAGCUCAGGGAUACGGAGUUGUUUUGGUGGGAGGAAGGGAGGGCGAAGGGGCUGAGAAGUGAAUUCAUGGAGGAUUAAAACGGGUGAGUACUGUUUGGACCGGGAUCGAUGGAGAGAUCUUCACACCGGGCCUUCAGCACGCUGUUGCUCUGCGCCGUUGUCAUUUUCGUCCUCUUCGUUCUCUCUACCUUCGUAUCCGGCAUCCAAGGGUCAGCUUGCUCCCAUAGCUCUGUCCUUCCAAAACAAAGCACUGUCGAGGUGGUGUUCACCUCUCAAGCGUCAGAUUAUGCGAGAUCUACUCUGUCACACGGCGUGGUUCUCGUCAAAGAGGCGAAAUUUAUUUGUCGGAUAUGGCUUUUCUCAAUCAGUUCUAGAUUCAAGGACGUAUGUUAGCCCCGCUUCUACUUGGUUAUAUGUGGUAUGAUGGAAGGAUAUUCUACCACCAGAACAGAAGAAGUCCUAGUGG